UCUACCCCUCAGCCUAAACUAGAGUUCAAAGAACCCUCACCUCCUUUCCCCCCUCUCAACCCUUCUCCCCAAGCAAAGCUUUUAGGCAUCUCCUUGGGACCUUGAAUAGAAACUCAUUCAUCCUUAAACCCUAGAGCUUUGCUUCUGAGAUUCGAUCAUCGCAUAGCUAUGGCAUCGGCGUUGAUGAGAACGAGGGCAUUGAGGUCGGCCCUCAGCCGAGCAUACGCGUCCCUCGCCAUUGGCUCCGACCUCGUCUCCGCCGCCCCUGGAGUUGCCCUCCAGAAGGCUCGGUCCUGGGAUGAAGGCGUCUCUUCCAAGUUCUCCACCACUCCUCUCAAGGACAUCUUCAAGGGGAAGAAGGUUGUUAUCUUUGGAUUGCCUGGAGCAUUCACAGGUGUUUGCUCAACACAGCACAUUCCAAGCUACAAGAACAACAUCGACAAGUUUAAAGCUAAAGGGAUUGAUUCUGUGAUUUGUGUUGCUGUUAAUGAUCCUUAUGCUUUGAACGGUUGGGCAGAGAAACUCCAAGCCAAGGAAGCAAUUGAAUUUUACGGUGACUUUGAUGGAAGCUUCCACAAAAGCUUGGAUUUAGAUUUAGAUCUCUCAGGCGCAUUGCUCGGCCACCGUUCUCAAAGAUGGUCGGCUUAUGUUGUCGAUGGAAAUGUUAAAGCUCUCAAUGUUGAGAAAGUGCCGUCAGAAUUCAAAGUUUCCGGUGGAGAUGUGAUUUUGGACCAGAUUUGAUUUGAUUUGAUCUCAACGUAAACUUCAAAAUUUUCUACACUCCCAAAUAAAUAUUUUCAUGAGAAUGAUCCCCGCUAAAUAAACGAACUUUAUAUUCGAAGUUGUUUGUUGAAGUGCAUCUCUAAACACUGUUUGCCGGCUAAUGUGGUGGAUUUUCUAUGUAUUAAAACUUAGUUGUUUUUCUAUGAGGAGAAUACAUGACUACUUUUUAUGGAAUGAAAUCAAGGGCUUACUGCUUAGAUGUUGAUGAUGA